AUGAUUACACAUCAAUUAUGUAGUGCAACAAAUGUGAACUUAUUUAGAAUUGAUGAUGUCCAGGAAAAUAGUUUUCAAAAAUAUGUAGACAAGAAGCUUCAAUUUAACAAAUUAAUGAGUCUUGCAAAGAAGGCUAUUACGUUACAAAAUAGUGAAAAUGAUAAUGAAUUAGAUACUUUCUUGAAAAAUUACAUUGAAAAAAAGACUCUUCAAUGUGAAAAAGAAACUAAAGAAAGAAAAAUUUCAGAAAACGUUUUAGCCAUAGAAACUGAUGAUAAUCAACUAAUUUCUAUUGAUAAUGUUGCUAAUCCCUUAAAUCAUAUUGGAAAAGGGGCUCCAAAGAAGAAUCAUAUUAAGGGUGCACAAGAAGAUUAUAUAUCAAAAAAAAAGCUAAAUCAG